CCUGUUGGCCGGGUCCUGUUUGUGCGCAUGAGCAUUGAAGUCUGUAUGGAUCGAAAUUUUUUGCAAUUAUUUUUUUUAAUAUCUUGGAAAGAACAUAAUUUUUACCUGAAUUACCAAGUUUGUUUUGCAAGGACCGCACACACGGACAAAGAGGCAGCUACACUCCCUGAAAUGUCAAAUCUGAAUUGGAAGCCUUUUAUUUAUGGAGGUCUGGCAUCGAUUGUUGCCGAGUUUGGUACCUUCCCUAUUGACCUCACUAAGACACGGCUUCAGGUCCAGGGGCAGACCUUCAAUACCCAUUACACAGAGAUCCGGUACAAGGGUAUGUUUCAUGCCUUGCUGAGAAUAGUGAGGGAAGAAGGCUGCCUUGCGCUUUACUCUGGGAUUUCUCCAGCUCUCUUGCGACAAGCAUCUUAUGGCACGAUUAAGAUUGGCACUUACCAAACCUUGAAACGUUUGUUUGUAAGCCGUCCAGAAGAUGAGACGAUGGUUAUCAAUGUUUUCUGUGGGGUUGUGUCUGGGGUCAUAUCAUCUUCAAUAGCCAACCCUACGGAUGUACUGAAGAUACGCAUGCAGGCUCAGGGGAGUCUGCUCCCAGGAAGCAUGAUUGCAAACUUCAUUGAUAUCUACCAGCAGGAGGGAACUCGUGGGCUGUGGAGGGGCGUUAUCCCCACUGCUCAGAGAGCAGCCAUUGUUGUUGGUGUGGAACUUCCCGUCUAUGAUAUCACCAAAAAGCAUUUGAUCCUCUCGGGUCUGAUGGGCGAUACCGUCCUUACACAUUUCAUAUCCAGCUUCACGUGUGGCCUGGCUGGAGCCCUGGCGUCCAAUCCAGUUGACGUGGUGCGAACGCGCAUGAUGAACCAGCGGGUCCUGGCUGGGAACACAGUGCUUUACAAGGGAACUCUGGAUGGGCUGCUGCACACCUGGAAGAACGAGGGCUUUUUUGCGCUUUACAAAGGAUUCUGGCCCAAUUGGCUACGCCUGGGACCAUGGAAUAUCAUCUUUUUCAUCACUUACGAGCAGCUGAAGAAACUCCCUUUGUAGUGGCCAAAGAAAACACGUGCUUGUUCUGUUCUCUUGUGAUUGGGGGU